AUGGACUUUCUAAAGAAUGCAGUGGCAUCUGCCAUUGCCACGGGACCUCCUUUUCCAUAUAACUUUGGCGACAAGGUCGACAUUGACGAGUCCGUUUUUACUUUGUAUAACGGAACAAAGAGGGAGGACGGAUCAAACUGCAGCAUCUUCUCAUUCGAUAUCACAGCCAAUCGAGGCCGACUCCCCCUAGCUAGGAAUGCGUUGAGGAAACUGCGAACGAUGCGGCACCCCGGAGUUAUCAAAGUGUUGGAUACAGUCGAGACCGAAACGUAUAUUUACAUAGCCACAGAGCGGGUGGUACCGUUAAGGUGGCAUGUGCGGCGAAAGAGUCUUGCUCCCGAGACGAUUAAAUGGGGUCUGCAUAGUAUCGCGAGGACCGUCAAAUUCAUCAACACAGAUGCAUCCUCAAUUCAUGGAAACCUGAAAGUGGGCUCAGUAUACACGUCAGAAAGCGGAGAGUGGAAACUUGGCGGGUUUGAAGUUCUAAGUAGCAUCAAAGACGACGAAUCUGCCAUCUACACAUAUGGAAGCUUAGUACCAGACUCGGCGCGGUAUGCGCCACCUGAGCUGGCUCAGGGUGGAUGGGAAGUUAUCAAGAAGAACCCGCAUUCAGCUGUGGACUCCUUUAACUUUGGAGUAUUAAUAUUCGAGACUUUCAAUGGCGACUAUAACGGAAGCGAUCAAGCCGGCCAAACCAAGAACGUCCCUCCAACAAUGCAGUCUAGCUACAAGAGACUCUGCAAUGCCAACCCGAAGGCUCGUAUCGCAGUGUCUGCUUUCCUUGAUCAAGGCAACAGAACUGGCUCGUUCUUCGACAGUCCGUUGAUCAAACUGACUGACGGAAUCGAUAACCUGGGGGUGAAAUCUCCUAGCGAAAGAGAGGAAUUUCUGAGUGACCUAGAUCAAUUAACUGACGACUUCCCCGAAGAGUUUUUCAAAAUGAAAGUUCUCCCAGAGUUGAUUAAAUCGGUAGAAUUCGGUGGCGGCGGCCCCAAGGCUCUUGGUGUGGUUUUGAAAAUCGCCGCCAACAUGUCCAAUGACGAUUUCGAGACAAGGAUAACGCCAUUUAUUAUCAAGAUGUUUGCGAAUCCAGACCGAGCUAUCCGAGUAUACUUGCUGGAUAAUUUACCGCUGAUCAUCGAGCGACUCCCACAGAAGAUUGUCAACGACAAGUUGUUUCCUAAUAUUGUCACCGGAUUUACAGAUAUUCAACCAGUUGUCAGGGAACAGACGCUGAAAUCCGUGCUCCUUCUCGUCAGCAAAUUGUCCGACAGAACCAUUAACGGUGAACUGCUCAAGCACUUGGCAAAGACCGCAAACGACGAGCAGCCUGGCAUCCGGACCAAUACGACAAUUUGCCUUGGCAAGAUUGCUAAGCAUCUUGGGACAUCUUCACGCUCAAAAGUUCUUAUUGCCGCCUUCACACGAUCGCUCAGGGAUCCAUUCGUUCAUGCUCGAAAUGCAGCACUCAUGUCACUUGCUGCCACCGCGGAGUACUUUACCGAAGAAGACUGCGCCGCCCGCAUUCUUCCUUUGAUCUGCCCUCUCAUGAUUGACAAGGAGAAGAUGAUCCGAGACCAAGCAAACCGUACCAUUGACGCAUACAUGCAGAAAGUUCGCAAGGCGGCAUCAGCCAUGCCGGACACAGUUCUUCCCCCACCGCAGACGGGAGAAAGCCAACCUGCGAGAAUGGGCACGCCACAGCAAACUGGUUCUGCGGGUUGGACGGGCUGGGCCAUAUCAUCCUUCACGAACAAGCUGUCAACUGCCGCGGGUGACAUGCAGACAGCGAAUGGCGGAUCUGGAGUCAACACACCGAAACCGAUCCCAUCACCUGGCCCCGAGGCCAAGCGACAGCCAAGUGCAUCGGCAUCUUCCCUUCAUAGACAAGCUGUUAGCUCUCCGCCUCCCCAAGCGUCAGGAACGUCGUCACCGGGUGCUGUGGCCGAUGCGUUCUGGCAAGAUGACGGAUUUGAGGAUGCGGGUGAUGCGUGGGGAGAAAUGGGAGACGAUGAUGAAAUCAUACCGUCGUCUACUACUAAUAAAAAGGCCCCCGAAAAGGCGACUCCAUUUGAUGAUGGCGAUGAACCAGAUUUCGCUGGUUGGUUAGCGGCACAGGCGCAGAAGAAGAAACCGGGGUCAGCCAAACCCCUACCAAAAGGAUUGUCAAAGCCAACGACAGCGAAGAAGCCUGUACCUAAAGCGACUGCGAAACCUGCUGCCAAACCUGUUUCUGCCAAGAAGAUUGACAUGAAACCGAAAGAAUCGGGGGACGAUGAUGGAUGGGGGGAUGGGUGGUAG